GUGAAACUGGUGAAAGUAAAUGUGGAUAGGAAUUUGUGGCUUGAUUUGUGUUGAUGUUUAUUUGAUACUUUAAUAGUUUGAUAGUAUGUUAUCAAAAUCGUUAUCAAUCAUCCGAUUCUAGAAUUCAACUAAACAGGCUGUAACACUCCAGAUAUAACACACCAACACUCCAGUUACUCUAGCAGUCGUGUGCCCAAUAUUAUUGUUAGGCAUAUUCAACAUCCUGCACUAUGAGUCACCAUUCACCACGCCCUAUCUGUGUAAACGUUGACUCUCGAUCGGCCGCAUACCGCAACAACGGAUUUGAUUCGUGUGCGGCCGUCAUCAAAAAUGGGUAUUUGACAUUCUUUUGCGCUGUAUGACGAUUUCCUUUCUGUCGUCUUAUUUUUAUAAAUCUAGGACGAAUGAAUUGGACAAUAUUGUUCGCAAUUGGUUCGUAACGAAAAUGGUUCGCGUAGGUAUGUAAUAUUUUUUUUCUGUCUGUAAAUUAUAGGUAGAUAACCGUUUCAAGGUUACUCUAGGUAGCUGUUGACAAUUUGACUAAAUAUUAUGAUUCCUAACCUCACCUAAGUGUUUGUACCUACUUUUUAGGCACCUAACCUAUCCUGUUGGUUUUAUUGCCACAAUUUUCCCAAAAUAAUAAUAAUAGUAAUAAUUUAUUCGUAUUAAUAAAUAAACGGCCACUGAGCACGAUUUGAACGAAUAAAUAUGACUUAUUCAUAAGGUGAAUAAUAAGAAAUAAAGAAGGUUGAAAUAAUUUAAUUAUGAUAAGUAGGUACGCAACAUAGGUAUAUUAAUAUAUAAUAAUAUCAUGUAUACAUUAAUACAACAUAAUUGUCAGAUAUUUUAAGGAUUUGGAUUAUUUGUAUAAUUAAUGCAACAUCAAGAAUGUACCUAUCAUUAUCUAAGUACUUUAGAAAUACUUUUUAUCAUACUUUUUUAAGAAUAUCUAGUACUUUUAUUUAUAGUACUGUUAUAUUACAAUAUUUUUAUAUUUUAUGAUUUUAAAUAAAUUUUAAUUCUUUUUUUAAUAAUAUUUUAUUAAUUUCUAAGAAUUAUAAUAUAAUUACAUGACAUGGUAAUAUACAGCAUCUGAAAUUGAUGAACAUAUUUAAAUUAAAUUUCUAUAAGUAAGUUUAAGUAUUUAUUUGUUGAAUGCAGACAUCAUCAAAUGUUUUGAAAAAAAGUAUCAAAUACAAUUUAUAUAAUUAUUCAAACACAUUUUGAAUAUAUUUGAAAAGUAUUUUUAAUUAAACUGAUUAGGCAUUUAUAAAACAAUAGAAAUGUGAUUUUCUUAUUUGUAUAUUCAAUAGUAGAAAAAAUUACACAAUAGUAGAGUUUUGAACAAAGUAUAAGUGCCAAAUAAUUUAAAUUAAAAGAAAAGAAAAGUUUCAAAUAGAUACUAUAAUAUUAUUUUAUUAUGUGUACACAUAUUUUAAUACUGAUUUAAGUAGGUACUACUAAUAAUGUUACUCUCACAAGUAUACACUGAGAACCAAUAUUUAUUUUGGAAUAGGUUAUGAUUACUUUAAAUUCAUAAAUUGGUUUCUCCCAAAUUUUCACAAGUAUUGCAUCAUUAAAAUAAAUCUACUCUUGAACAUAAUCCAUUAACUUUUUUAAGUAUUUCAAUGUAAUAGCUAGACGCGGAUAGGCUUAGUUAACUUGAUUGCCUGCACAAGGUUCAUACUUGUAUUUAAUUUGGUUUAUGUCAUAUUGUAUAAUUUUGAGUUUGUGUAAUUGCGAAAAAUUGGUUGGCUGAUAUAUUGUCUAUGCAGCUUGGACUACAGGUAAUAUUAGUUUAUAUUAAUGAAAUUAUUUUUAUAUUUUAGGUUGAACUGUGAAUUCUAUGUAUAUAAAUGAAAACCGAUAAUUUAUAUCAAAGUUUGAUGUCCAAGAAAAAAUAGUUUUAACGCUGUGUUUUUUUCUAAAACAGUAUAUACAUUAAACAAUGACAAAAUCUAAUACUAAAACAUUAAGAAAUGGAAAAGUUGUACUUUCAAGAAAAAAUAGUACAGUAAAAAAAAAGAAUGGUAAAUUAUCAUUUUAUAGAACAACAAGUACAAGCAAUUUCAAUAGUUUAAAUGUUAAAAAUAAAACUGAAUCAAAUGAAAGGAUAGUAAUUCAGAAUAAAGAUUGUGAUGAGCAAAACAAUCACCAUAGUUAUAACAAAUUAGAAAAUCAUAUUCAAUUAAAUGAAGUUCAAAUAUAUAAUAAUCAUGAAACAAAGAUAUUGGAAAAAAAAUCUGGGUUAAUUACUGUAGAAAAACCUAAACCAGUACCAUCAAAUUCUAUAAAUAAAAAUAAAAAAUUGAAAACAAAUUUAGUUAAUGAUCAAAUUAUUAAUCCACGCAUUACACGUAGUGAGACAAUAAAACUUCAAACAGAAGAAAGAAAAAGAUCAGAUCAAGUUUUGAUUGAUAAAUUUCCUAAGAACAUAUUUAAAAAUGUUGUUAUUCAAUUAUAUGAUAUUGUAGAACAGAUCAAAUUUGUUAGGAUGCUUGGACUGAUAUGUCGAUUUAAAUGUUCCUUAACCAAUUCUAAAAUUAAAAAAUAUCCUAAUAAGAAAAUGUAUUUUUGUAAAUAA